AUGGCUAGGGACACUUCUGUCGCUGGGCCUGUACAGUCAGGCCGAGUCACCCGAUCAAACAGAAAGCCACGCAUUCAAGGUUUCGCAUCCUUGGCACCCGAAAAACUUGCUGCUGCUGCAGGCAUUCCGACCCUGGAGCCAGUAUACGGACAGCCCCCUGCCUGGUCGGAGAAUCGUCCUGAACUCUGUGAUGCACUCCCGUGGUUUCGCUCCACCCAGGGAGGUGCCUACCACUUGAACACCCUGUGCUUUGGCUUCUUGGUGGAUGCUGAUUGUGGUGACCGCUCAUACAUCGACGAUGAGAUUGUCAUCACCAGAAUCGGUGGAAACUGUGUCAAGGACGCAGAGGGGAACUUGAUCCUCACAAAGGACCUUGACGCAGAUAAAGCGACUGUCAAAAGCAUUCUGAACAGCCUGAGCAUGAAAAUUCCCAUCGGCCUCAUCAUCGGGAAUAGAAACACCCUCCUCAAGAGAAAGCUUCCUCAUCGCUACAACGUCAUGGAUUGGUUCCGCAUUACCAAUGUCUGGCAUGAAAAGAUCGGAAACAAAACCGGCUUCAAGGUUCGUUUCGAAAAGCUGCAUCUCUCGGAGAAGAGCUGGUGGGCAGCCAACGACUCUACCCCGGUUGUCCCUCUGGAGCAACGAGAUUUCCACACCAAGCCAGCAUCCAUUCAGUGCCAGAAAUGCCUCCGAGAGAGCCUUCGUCUAUACAAGGAAGGGUGGAUGUGUCUUGAGCCAUCAUGCGAUGCAUUCUGGAAAAUCGACGGUGCCCCUGCCUCGGUUGUCCUUAGCUUCCAUCCUGAUUUCUUGAGCUUUCGUGCUCAGCCAGAUGCAAGCAUCAAGCCCCAUCACAGCCUUGUGCCUGAUCUCCUGUCAACCAUCAACAACAAGGAUGCAGAUGUCAGCACAAUUCGCAUUACGUGGAAGGGUAUAGUGUGCCCUCAGUGCUCUCGGUGCAUCUCUCGUGUAUUUUGGGACGGCUGGAAAUGCACGGAUGACCUUGCCAACAAAUCCUCUCCAGUCAGCAAUAAUUGCACAUUUGAGAAGAUUUUGAACAUGCCUCCAGUUUCUCUGCGCUCUGUCCUCGAUGACCUGGAACUGGGGCCCAUCAAGCGAGCACUGUUCUUUGAAGAGAAAUUCGCCAGACCCGAGAUAGAUGAUCAGUCCUUGUUCCCAUACCGCAAGCUCACGUACAAAAUCAGUGGCAUCGGCUCCAUCACCCACCUGGUUUCCAACAGGGCCAUCAAUAGCCGCAAGCAUGGCCCUAAUGAGCUCUUCAAAAAUCUCCAAGAGCAAAAUCUCGCUCUUCGACGGUAUCCACUUCAGCAGAGCGUUGUUGCCGGAACAUUGACUGCCCACUUUGCUGUCAACUACGGAAUGCCAUACAAAUAUGUUGUAUCUGUGGAUUCCAAGGGCUUUGAUGAAGCGUCGGAUGAGGUCCUGCGAGCAUUGGGCCGUUUGACAUGGGCCACCAAAAUGGCAGUCACCAGUGCGGGUGAUGAGUUCCUAGCUCCCAACGAGCUGCUGAUGCUUGGCUACCUCGAAGGGAUGAAGAUCGGGUAUCAUGACGAUGGCGAAGCAUCGCUGGGUCCAACCAUCGCUACCCUUUCUCUCGGAGCCAAAUCAACCAUGUUCAUCCGCAUGAAGUACAGGUACUACAACGGGCUCAGCCGGGUGAAAAAACCACUUGAGGAGGACCCUGUGCUCGAGCACUGCAAGUUCGAAGCCAAUCGCCGGAUGCUGAAGGACCAGUUUGAGGCUGGGCAGAUCUCGAAACAGAAGUAUGACUCUGAUCGUCGCAAGCUUCUCGGGGAGACCAAAGGCGGGGAGGCACACCCCAUCAUCAAGAUUGAGCUCAACCAUGGAGAUUUGGUUGUCAUGCAUGGAGAAAAGCUGCAGAAUUUCUACGAGCAUUCUGUGGUGCCCGAGGACAAACUACGCUUUGCUCUGACCGCGCGAUACAUCAAGCCUGGUCAUAUCAACAACCACGAUCGAAAGAAAGGGAAUUUUACUCUCACCCCCGACCAAAUUUACGAUGGACAAUGA